GCCCGGCCGUGGCGCCCCGCUCACGUUCCGCAUCGACCGGGGGCGCUACGGGCUUGACUCCCCCAAGGCCGAGGUCCGCGGCCAGGUGCUGGCACCGCUGCCCCUCCACGGAGUUGCUGAUCAUCUGGGCUGUGAUCCACAAACCCGGUUCUUUGUCCCUCCUAAUAUCAAACAGUGGAUUGCCUUGCUGCAGAGGGGAAACUGCACAUUUAAAGAGAAAAUAUCACGGGCUGCUUUCCACAAUGCAGUUGCUGUAGUCAUCUACAAUAAUAAAUCCAAAGAGGAGCCGGUUACCAUGACUCACCCAGGCACUGGAGAUAUUAUUGCUGUCAUGAUAACAGAAUUGAGGGGUAAGGAUAUUUUGAGUUAUCUGGAGAAAAACAUCUCUGUACAAAUGACAAUAGCUGUUGGAACUCGAAUGCCACCGAAGAACUUCAGCCGUGGCUCUCUAGUCUUCGUGUCAAUAUCCUUUAUUGUUUUGAUGAUUAUUUCUUCAGCAUGGCUCAUAUUCUACUUCAUUCAGAAGAUCAGGUACACAAAUGCACGUGACAGGAACCAGCGUCGUCUUGGAGAUGCAGCUAAGAAAGCCAUCAGUAAAUUGACAACCAGGACAGUAAAGAAGGGUGACAAGGAAACUGACCCAGACUUUGAUCAUUGCGCAGUCUGCAUAGAGAGCUAUAAGCAGAAUGAUGUCGUCCGAAUUCUCCCCUGCAAGCAUGUUUUCCACAAAUCCUGCGUGGAUCCCUGGCUUAGUGAACAUUGUACCUGUCCUAUGUGCAAACUUAAUAUAUUGAAGGCCCUGGGAAUUGUGCCGAAUUUGCCAUGUACUGAUAACGUAGCAUUCGAUAUGGAAAGGCUCACCAGAACCCAAGCUGUAAACCGAAGAUCAGCCCUUGGCGACCUUGCCGGCGACAACUCCCUCGGCCUUGAGCCACUUCGAACUUCGGGGAUCUCGCCUCUUCCUCAGGAUGGGGAGCUCACUCCGAGAACAGGAGAAAUCAACAUUGCAGUAACAAAAGAAUGGUUUAUUAUUGCCAGUUUUGGCCUCCUCAGUGCCCUCACACUCUGCUACAUGAUCAUCAGAGCCACAGCUAGCUUGAAUGCUAAUGAGGUAGAAUGGUUUUGAAGAAGAAAAAAAAAACUGCUUUCUGACUGAUUGCCUUGAAGGAAAAAAGAACCUAUUUUUGUGCAUCAUUUACCAAUCAUGCCACACAAGCAUUUAUUUUUAGUACAUUUUAUUUUUUCAUAAAAUUGCUAAUGCCAAAGCUUUGUAUUAAAAGAAAUAAAUAAUAAAAUAAAAAG